UGAUAUUUUAUCAGAGGUCGGUCUGCUCGGAUGUAAGCCCACAUUUUUCCCGUUGGAUCAGAAUCAUCGACUUGCCCUCUCAGAUAGUCCUUUGCUCAUAGAUCCGGCUAGGUAUCGUCGAUUAGUUGGUCGACUCAUCUAUCUUACCGUCACACGACCAGAGCUCUCGUACAGUGUUCACAUUUUAUCGCAGUUCAUGUAGAUACCCCGUCAAGAUCAUUGGAAUGCCACGGUCCAUGUGGUUCGAUACUUGAAAUCAAACCCAGGUCAAGGUAUCCUUUUUCGCUCGGCAUCUGACCUUCGAUUGCGGGCUUGGUGUGAUGCGGAUUAUGCCGGCUGCCCUCUCACUCGGAAGUCAUUGAGUGGCUGGUUCAUUCAGUUGGGAUUGUCUCCGAUUUCAUGGAAGACCAAGAAGCAGACCAUUCCUUCUCUCUCUUCUGCCGAAUCAGAAUACCGUGCCAUGCGGGUUACUACAUGCGAACUGGUUUGGAUCAAGAGUUUGUUGUCUUCUCUCGGCGUUGAUCACUCGGCGCCGAUGCAGUUAAUGUGUGAUAGUCAGGCGGCGUUGCACAUUGCGGCCAACGAUGUCUACCACGAACGCACCAAGCACAUCGAAGUCGACUGUCACUAUCUUCGUCAUCAUCUCGAUCACGGCAACAUCUCCACAUGCCAUGUCUCGACCCGAGAGCAACUUGCCGAUAUUUUCACGAAAGCUCUCGGCAAGAAGGAAUUCACUUGGUUUCUCGACAAGUUGGGCGUGUGCAAUUUACACUUACCAACUUGAGGGGGGAGUGUUAGCGAAGGUUACGGGAUUUAGUUCCCCUGAUAUUAUCUUUCCAUAGUCAGUUAGAUCUUUUUGAUAUUGUUUCCUAUUUUUCCUAGGUUUAGCAAAUUGGUCCAAGUUGUAUAUAUGCAUACGUUCGGCAAUGUUAAUCGACAGCUUUGUUUUGGCCAUCUCUCUCUCCGUUUGUUAUUCUGCUCUGCCUUUUUCAGACAAGCAAGCGAUGUGGCCAUUUCAGGUUUGGCAUGGAUAUCCCCACAUAACAACGGGAUCUGAACGGAGAAAUCUCGAAGACGAGGAAAGAGAGAGAUAUGUCUGGCUAUAAGUGUACCGAAGCCAGCUGAAGUUUUUGUCCGGCCGCCAUUGCCGCUAGGCACUGCAGGAGCUGGAUGGUACCAGUAUCGUGAAUAACUGAUAAGGAAGAAGAAACCAAGACCCAGAUGGUACGUGAGGAUUAUUCAUAUCUUAUGAAUAGUAUACAAAGUGUUAAGAGUGUAUAUACUCAAGCGAGUUCCAAUUUCCAAUGUAUUAUAUUAUCCCAAACAACAGAAGAGACACAUCCCUUUGAUCUUGUUCAUCAUUUUACGCUGGCCAAUUCCUAUACCAACCAGCCCAAGCCGAGACCAAACCGCUUAUACCGAGCAUGGCAACAAACGGAUUAGGUUCAAUCUCGGCCAAUGCGAUGAUCAGAUCAGCGAUUCUCGCAGAUCUCCCUAACUUUCUCUUGUUCGGACAACGUCUUGUCCCAAGACAGGGGAGUCUCUGUCUGAUGACGAUGCAGUCGAUGAAGAUGAAGAAAGUGAAGUUUGUGGAGAGACAAGAGAAACAUAAGGGUUUUAUGUUUUUGGGGCCCAAUUAUAGAACAAAAGAAGGGUCCAUUUAGGCCCAAUAUGGUUAAUCGUUGACUGGAUUCGAUACGGUUGGGCAUAGCGGUUCCUUUUGGACAACCCCCCACUCCGAAAAGGUUUUGAUAACGGACAAAGUUUUUUGCUUCAUUUGCACACACAAAUGACGAAGACGAAGAAGAGAAACACGAGGAAGAGAACGACGAAGAUACAUAUGAUCUUGGAGAAGAGACUAGACGAAAUCCAAGAUCUACUCAACGGGGUCGUCUUAAUCGAUGAAGACCCAAGCAUUCUCCGAGACUUGCAACUCCGGUUCAUUUUCGCCAGGACCCUUUUAACGGCUGAGAUCUCAUCACGCCAGACGAGGGCCCACGAGGAAGGAGACGAAGAGACGACGAAGCUCGCAUGCAUGGCCAAGAGGUUAACCGAACUCGAAGAGGCUUUCAUCAACCAAACCACAGAUCCAGACACAGACACAGGUUCGCCGACCGAAACGGUGGAGAAGCCGGGUUUGAUCGGCUCGUGGACUGAAUUUUGUCUGAGCCAAGAGGAAGAAGAUGCGGAGGAGGAGUUGCCGGAAGAAUUUCAAGUUUACGGAUCGCCGGAGGAGAGCGUGGUGAAGAAGGUCGGUUUUAGGGUUCUGGUUGGUUUUGGUAUAAUAGGUUUCGUUGUCGGGAUGGCGAGUUUCUUUGGUUAUUUUGAUUAUUGCAUGAAUGACAAUUACACUCUUACUCCUACAUAAUCACAAGUCACAACUACUGUACAUACUUUCCAUUCCUUUUAUUUUUGCAUGUCGUUACAAUUAGCUUAUUAAAUUCUUGCAUGGGGGUUUCUUUAA